AUGAGCUCCCUGGUGGAGGAGAGGGCCGGCAGCGAUGUGGCUCCCGAGGACCCGGCCUCCGAGCAGCCACUGUGCAACCCAACAGGCACCAAACGGACUUGGCAGCAGCUAAAGAUGAAAUAUAAAAAUGUAGUUCAAACAGCCAACAGAAAAAAGGCUGAGGCCCGCAAAACAGGUGGCGGUCCACCACCACCACCUCUCACAGAGGCUGAAAAGAUGGCCCUCAGUCAGAACAGUGGACGACCCAUUGCUGAGGGCAUCUCUGGGGGGAGUUCAUCGGACCCACCCACGCCCCAGGUCACAGGGGCCUACAUAAGAGUUACUGAUGGUGUAAUCUGUCUCGUUGAGCCUUCUGCCAUAACAGACCUCCAUGCUGUUGAGGAUGAUGAAGAAACCUUAUCAGCUGCCACAGAGAGGGAAGAUGCAGAGAGGCCUGCUGAAAGCCAUGCUGGAAAUUACAAUGGGGAAGAAGGUCCAUCAACCUCCACAGCACAGCUUACCUCACUCCCUGUGAAACAACUUUACAAGGUAUAUUUAGAAUCUCAAAUAAACAAAUCACACCUAGAAAUGGAGCACAUAAGGCUGCAGAUCACCAAAACAGAAAAGGAAAUACAACUGCUGGACCAUCAGUUAAAGGAAAUAAAGAAGACCUCAUAA